GAUAGUUUUGGUUUGUUUAACAAGUAAUAACGCUUUUAAAAACUUUGAAAAUGAAUAUGUACACUAAUAGUGACUAUACCGAUAUGUUGUUAACAUUAGGGGAAUGUAAUGGUAAUGCUAAAGCGGCGAAAAGAAGAUAUGCGGAAAAAUUUCCAGGAAGAACUGUUCCGGAUGCAAAAACAUUUUUGAAUUUAGAGAGAAGAUGCCGUGAUACUGGAACCUUUAAACCAAAAAAGGUAAAUUCUGGAAGACCACGAGUGGCAAGAAUUCCUCAAACAGAAGAAAAUAUUUUAAAUGUAGUUGUUGCGGAUCCUACGAUAAGUGUAAGAAAUGUGGCAAGGGCAAGUAACACAAGUAUUUCUAGUGUACACCGUGUAUUAAAAGAACAAUUAUUGCACCCAUUUCACUACAGGCAAGUACAAGAAUUAUUGCCUGAAGAUCUCUUUUUGAGAAGUGACUAUUGCGAAUUAUUACAAGCAAGAAAGAGACAGAGUCCUGAUUUUUUACAAAAUAUUCUUUUCACCGAUGAAUCAACUUUUACUAGACAAGGUAUGUUUAAUAGUCAUAACAGUCACUUCUGGGCCGAUGAAAAUCCAAAGGUUAAACGUAUAAGGCAUUAUCAACAUAAUUUUAAGUUGAAUGUUUGGGCUUCUACAAUAGGCAACCGCCUUGUUGCCUACCAUAUUUUUGAUGGAAAUUUAAAUGGUGAUGUUUACUAUGAAUUUUUGGAUAAUCGUUUAUUUCCGUUAUUAGAAGAUUUGCCUCUUGAUCUAAGAAGAAAUAUGUUUUUUAUGCAUGA